AAAUAAGAUGAAAUGAUGAUAGAAAAAUCAUCAAUUAAUAGGAAAGAGGAUUGGAGUAUACUUCUAUUGAUUGUUACAGUAUCCACAUGGCAUCGAUAAUCAUAGGGACUACUAAUAAGAAUUUCUGUCCACAAAUUCCAAUUGAAAUUCAAAAUUCAACUCUUUGCUCUCUUAAUCACAAACACAAAUGAGCCACAAAAACGAAGACAUCAUAUCAAGAAACGACGAUGAGCUUCACUGCUUCUCUCGUCUCUUAUUUGACGUCUCCCUCACUCGUCUCGCUCAACCAUCUUCCUCCUUCCUUCUUCCUCCCAACCAAACUUGUCAAGCCAACAAGCCUCACUCAUUCACAGCCUCCGAGAUUGUCCGCAUCCUAUGGUCCAGCUGCAAAAGCUGCUACAGCCAACGACGUUGUUCCAGAAACAGCUCCGACAUCAGCGUCGGAGGUCGUCUCCAGCUUCUACGCCGCCGUUAACGUCCAUGAUUUAUCCUCUGUCACAGACCUCAUCGCUCAGGACUGCGUCUACGAGGAUCUCGUCUUCUCAUCUCCCUUUGUUGGCCGAAAGGCAAUUCUUGAUUUCUUCGGAAAAUUCAUUGAAUCAACAAGUACGGAUCUCCAAUUCGUGAUAGAUGAUAUCUCAACAGAAGACUCUUCAGCUGUUGGAGUUUCAUGGCAUUUAGAAUGGAAAGGAAAGAACUUCCCAUUUAGCAAAGGUUGCAGCUUUUACCGGUUAGAGGUGAUUGAUGGGAAGAGACAGAUCGUAUAUGGAAGAGACUGCGUUGAGCCUGCAAUCAAACCUGGAGAAACAGUUCUGGCUGCUAUAAAGGGAGUUACCUGGCUGCUGCAGAAAUUUCCUCAACUGGCCGACCAAUUCUGAUGGCAUUACAAAGCUCUUGCUCGAUGAAGUGAAUCAGCUCACAAUAUAAGUUUUCUUUGUGUUAUAUAGGAAAAAUACUUCCGCAGCAAUCCCCACCAUUGUCCAAUUUUAGUUAAUGUAUAUACUAGAACUUGUCAUGUGUAUCCAACUUGUUCUCAGUCUGGUGAUAUGCAGGCGUAUAUAGACUAUGUGCUAUUAACUAAAUAAAGCUCCAGUUGAUCAUCCUC